CAACAAGAGUGUGUGUGCUUGUGUGUGUGAGUUUGCGGCUGUGUACUUUCACUGUCCUUUCUGUUGGAUUGUUUGCAUUCCCACUUUGGGAUAAAGCUGGCUUCUGGGAAUAUCUCCCUCAGGAUUUCCAGCCAGUAGGUCAGCCACUCAGACGUAAUGAUAUACUGUUUCUGCUGAAAAUGCACACACACACACGCACGCACACGCAUACACAUGUAUAUUUAGGUGCAAAGCCAUAGAUAGUAAAACACACAAGCCAUCUCUGCUUUGAAGCUGUGGUUUGGUGGAAUUUUUUAUGUGAUAACAAACAGAGGUUUAACAUCUCAGUCAACAAAACACACAAAAAAAGGUCUUUAAUCAAAAAUAUCUUUUCUUUUGUUUCUCUCUGGUCAUCGCAUUCCCACACACUGUGAUACAAAGGUCUGGGUAGAUGAUUAAUGAGCACAGCUCUGCCCCCGUCCGUAUCUCUUAUCCUCACAGUGUGUGUCCUUUGAUUGACAUGCACAGGCGUCACAGCUACUAUAGUUAAGUGCAACCCAGGGAGAUGUCUUGGUGACAGGGUCACAUUCGCUGCACUGUGGAAUUGUUUGCUUUUGUGUGUUUUGUCUGCGUGUGUGUGUACCUGUAUGUACGUGUGUGUAACGCUCGGAGCGUCUCAGAUGUAUUGCAUCCAGUCAGACGUCUGGUGUGCGCAAUGAAUCCUUGGAGGCCGCGGGGAGGUCAGAGGUAACGCAGUCAGAGGCGAUGCUGUGAGUGGCGUGUGACGGGGAUGUUUGUGUAUUUAUAAGUAAGAAAAAUUUUAUACAGACGUGGCGCGCCGAGGGAGGAGUCCAGAUUAGAUUUGCCAGCGGCAGCAUGUGUUACAGUCAAAUCUCUGCUCCCAUUGCUGACAUUCACCCUGUGCUCUCGGACAGAUAAACAGGGAUUUUUUUGCAUUUGCUUUAAACACAACUAAUGGCAGCCAUACUGCGUUCUGUGAGGGAUCUCUCCUUGUUUGUUUGCAGAUUAUUGUAAUUUUCCUCAGUGUGUAUUUAUUCAUUGUGACAGGUUUAUUGAAUAUCUGUGGCCGCGUAUCACAGGGAAUGGUAUGCAUUUGCAACUCAUGCGUUUUUCAAGCCUGUGGAGAAAAACACCUUAAUCCCUGCAAAGGUUAUGCUUUCAACAUGAAUAUGCAGUAACAGGCAUUUACGCACUUUUGAUCUUAAAUUAAUUUGCAUGUGAAUGUUCCCUUCGUAGUGCCUGUGGCGUCUCACAUCAGCAUCGCUGAAUGUUGCACUUUUCUGCACCUUAACCCACUUAGAAACUUAAAAUGAGGACAACUGUGAUCAUUUUGUUUAACCGAAGUGUCAUUUCCCAGAGUAAUCUGUCAAUCUACCGCGUUAUUCUGAUUAAAAUGUUCUAAUUAGGUUAGGUUAGAUUAACUGGUGAUUCUAAAUUGUAGGUGUGAAUGGUUUCUCUCUGUGUUAGUCCUGCGACAGAGUAGUGACCUCUCCAGGGUAUACCCUGCCUCUCGCACUAUGACAGCUGGGAUAGGCUCCCCCACGACUGUAAAUUGGAUAAAUGGAAGAGAAUGGAUGAUGGAUUCCAAACAAAGUAAUGUUGCAGCAGCUAAUUUCCUUAAAGCAGGUAGAAAGGUGCAGACCUGGGACUUUAUUAAGCAAAGCAGUGACCUCAUUCUUCCUAGUAUCAAUAACAGGAACUCUUAUGUGUUGAAAGUCCACUUCAUGAAAUUACCCUUUUUGGGUUUUGCAUUUUUUCAGACAGGCCACACACUGUCACUUCUCUGGCAAAGGUAUUUAAGUAGAGCGCUGCUAUUUUAGAGCAGCCGAGAAGCUACAGAUGACCUUGGUUUAAAAAAUGCACACUGACACACAUUCUCCCCAUUUUCACUGCAGCCCAGGAUUAUACAUAACAUAUAAUCCAUCAGUAUUUUUUCAUGAUUGAAAGGUGCUUAGGGAGGAUGUGAGUAGCCUAUGGCCCGCUGCCCUUUAAGUGUGUCUUUUGUCGGUCUGUGAUAUGUUUUAAAAAUGUCUGGCUAACCUGCAGCUCCUGCUGGCUUCUGGUUCACAUUUUCUGCUGAUAUUUAGCCCAAAUGUUUAAAAAACAUAAUUGUAGUUAUUGUUAAAGUGACAAAAAUCAUCCUAUUUAACAUAAAACAUGUUUCAGUUUGACUGUAAAAUUCUGCUGCUGUGUGUUUUGGAUGAGUAGAAGUUUGCUCAGCAAUUAUGUUGCAAUAAACCUUUAUAACUUAAUGUGAUGUGCAGACCCACCCGACAGCAAACAUUAAAGGUUUGUAGUCUGAUGUAGGAGGUCCCUUAUAAAGCUUUUGCUUGGCAUGUGUGCUACAGUGUGUGUUUGUGUGUGUGUAAAUAUUGCUGCAAUAUGCAGCAGUGCUUUAACAAGUCUGGAAGUGGAUUUGGCUGUAGUCCAGCUCUCUCCUGCUCUUCCCUCCUUCACCUCCCUUUUCAUUUUUCUGCUGUCCUUCUGCCCUCUGCUGUCUCUGUUGAAUUUCUAAACUCCCACAGUGAAUUUCUUUUUUUGUUUUAAUGUUUCAAUAUAAAAUAAAAGACUCUCCCUCACUCUAAAAGCUCAGACUUGGAGACUUGGGCAGGAUGUAGUUCAAUUAACCACACAGCAAGCCAUAUUAUUUACCAGGUAAUUGCAUUAAAACACUCCCAAAGGCACGGCUACCACGCCCGUCAUUGAGAAGUCCAGUUCAGGGACUUAAAUUAGCUGAGGUGAAGCGUAGCAGACAGCUUCCAGUUAAUGACACUUGUGUUUGAACCGUAUAAUGCACGACUUUCAGUCUUUAUAUAAAAAUAUACUCCCUGUUGUCUUGAAGGCGAUUGAAUCCACCCUUCGGAGCCACGCUCAAGUGGCCACUUUAGUUUUUGGGAUUUCCAUGUUGCCACUUUGUCCACAGCCGCUACUUGGCAGCAAUGCUAUGUUCACCAGGUAGCUGGUUGCUGAUGGCUCUUUGCUGCACAGCAGUUAGUGUACAGUUAGAGUAGCAAAGUUCAGAAAGAUGCCUACUAAUGAUCAAAGGCCUGAACCCUGUACUAUGAAGUGAGUUCCACAUACUCAGGGUAUCUUUCCAUUAUCUGGAUUCAGUUGCAUUCCUGAAUUCCUAACAUUGUGUUGGGUGAUCAGGAUAAGCAGUCACACAAAGCUCGUUAUCAACUUGUUAAGUUAACCCAGGGUUUACCCUGCACGUUCACAUGAAAGGGUGGUCUUGGCAGCAUCUGAUCAAUCUAAAAAAGGUAUUACACGUGUCAUAUGACUCUUCGUGUACAGAAAAUGAUCCCUAUGAGUGCUUCCUACUGUUGCCAAAAGAACCAGAGAGGAAUGCUGAAGAAAAUCGUUAACCUGGUAAUUAAGCACAGAGAUUGGUAAAAGAAAGAUUUUAAUUCCAAUUAAUUAUUUUAUCACUAAUUGCGCUCUCAGUUCUUCUGUUUAUUUCUAAGGUCACAGCCGAAAUUUUAAAGUGUCCAUGUAGUGUAUCCAAGUGUAUCCACAUUAAAGUUUGGACAUUGCUUCAGUUUGUUACAGAUUAACAAAAGAAAUUAAUUUGAUUCAGUGAACAGGUAUUUUUGCUGUUUAAGCAUCAGAAUACUUUAUUAAUCCCAGAAGAAAUCGCAGUUGGCCCAAUACAGUAAGAACAGCAGCAAUCAAGUUAAAGCACUAAUAUUAAAUAAUACAAUAUAUUGCAUAAUAGCUCUAAUAUAUAAAUAUUCCCAUAUUACGCAAAAUUAAAAUAUAAAAUAAAGUUAAAAUUGACAUGCUCUUCUAAUACUAUCAUACUCUUAUUUUCUCUCUUUAUAAUACAGACCUCUGCACUACAAAGCAAGAUUUUGUCUUAUCCAGGUAAGUUCACAGUUAGCCCUGGGUUUUCAGUGCUACAAAGAUGGUUACUUAUGCUACAAAAAUAAUGACAUAAAUUCUUUUGUUUCCACAAUUAACGUCAGUACGGACUUUAGAGUCUUGCAGUUAGUUUUACUUAUUUAAUUAAAAUGUGUCCAGAAAUGACAACAGAAAAUGUAACAAACAGUGAGAACCAUCCAAAUGUUAAUACAGAUGAAAGAAAAUAUAGACAGAAGGGUGACUGGGGCAGAGUGGAGACAUCUGGGAGACACAGUAGACACUAAUCAGGGAAAACAAGAGAGGAGAAACAAAACUAAAUAGAAAAGAAGAAGAAGAAACUAUCAAAAUAAAACAGGAAAUAAGUCCUAAAAACACCCACCACACAUACUUGACAUUAGGAUUCGGGAAACACAGGGAAUGUAAAAUAAACUGAAAACUCUAAACCUGAGCAGACUCCAGAUAGCUAUGAUCAAGCUAAGGCCUGCGAAUUAAAAGACAGAAACCAAGACCCCAAACAGGAAUAAUUACUGAAAGUGCAAAACUGAAACUCAGGCACAAGAACCAGCAGCAUAAUAUACCCCAGGGUAUAGAUAUAAAACCAGAAUUCCCCAGGAAUUCUCUCAGAUUCUCAGAUUAUUCUGUCUUACUAACAGAGCUGUGAUAUGUGUGAUAUGUGAUCAGUUUUUGGCAUUAGGCAUUUUUACCAACUUUCUUUCCUGGCUUCAAAUAGGCUAAACGUUAUUAAUAUAUCGUCUCUAUCCCAAUGUGACUGACCAAAGAAGAUAAAGCGCACGCUUUUACAUUACAACGAUUCUCCUCUCAAAUACUCUGUGUUUUUCUUUCUGUGUGAUUAACCUCUUCACAUUGGCCCAUCAUAUCGUUUCAUCCUCCUUUGGAAAGUCAGCCACUCGGUUGCCAGUACACUUACUCUUAAACAUUACACUUAAGUAAUUGUGAUUGGUCAGAUGCUGCCAACGACUCUCUGCUCAUGUGAACACACAGAGGGAAAGCCUGGGUUUACUUAGAGUACGUGAAUCGAGACAUGACAUCCUCUGUAUGUUGAACUUGCUUCAUAGCACAGGCCUCGGAGCUGUGCCACAGGUCAUAAUCAAUCACCAAAAAACAACGAGCAGGUCAAGGCAUAAAAUGCUCCACAAGUGCUCAGAGCGGAGCAGAACUGAGAUGGAUGAUAACUCUGUGAGCUUGUCACAUCCUUUAACACACAAAACACCAUUUGAUUUAUUAAUAAUGUGAAAAUAUUAAUAACAGCUGCUGUUAUGUAAACAUUCAGCCAGUCUUAGACAAACAGACUGACUAAAUAUAGCGAACGUGAAGAAGACACGGCGACUCGAGUUUCAGUCUGAUUAGUCUAAAUGUUUCACCGUAAUCAUACACUUGUAGUUAAUUGUAACAAACGCUUCAAACAUUCAACUGUACUACUUGUGUAUUUCUAUGUAUAUUUUGGUGUGAGUAUUGGUGGUAUGUUUUUAUGUUUAUCUUAUGCAAACUUAUGUGUUUACUGUGUGUGGUCUUGAAACCCUAUCCCAACACUGAGGGCUCCAGGAAGGAAGUUAGUCCUUGAGGAUUUUCCAGGUAAAAAAAUGCUUAUUUUAACAGCUAGUGUCUUUAAAACGAGACAGAGGGCAAUAAGGAGGUCUUAUCAGCAUAUGAUCUGCACUUCAAUGACCUGUGGAGUUUCCCUAUAGACCCCCCUCCCAGUCAUGCCCCAGGUCCUUCUUCUUCCAUGCCACAGUCUGCACCCCAUGGUCUUCUCCAUUUAGCUUGCAAACCCCCUCGUCUCUCUCCUCCUCUGUCUCCUUCGAGCCUGGUUUCCUCUUUUUCCCAUCUGCAUCGUCUCUCCCCUUUGGUCCACAUGCCAAGACCAUCACUUUGUGUCUCACGCCUCGGGUGGGCCAGUAAUAGCCAUAUCCUGUAGGUGAUCCAGUCCCCAGAAUAGGAGGUGGACAGUAUCAACAGACUUAUCUUCACAGGCUGGACAAGGGAAGUUGUUGUUGUUGUUACUGGAGAGUGUGCGGAUAGACACUCUGAAUGAGCUCCUGACCCACUUUCCCCUCCUCCGGCUCUUUUUUCUGAGGGAGGUGACCGGAGUACAGCAUUCCUCAAUGACUGAUGCAGAAACAUCAAAGAAUCAUUUUCACUCAGGCUUUUUUUUUCUUUUGAAAAUUUAAUAUCUUCAAGAUUUUUAGUAAACAGAUUUUACAUCUCAUUUGACUUUUUUGUCUUAUUUGGGUUUAACUCUGUUCUCGUCUGAGUGCCACCAUUGUCUGUCUGUCCCCACUACUUAUUUCCGCUCAUGCUGAGGGUUCACUGUCUGCUGUUGCUGGAAGCACCUGCCAAUCACAGCAUCGCUCUGAUGUUUCAAAGGUCAAAACAGCAAUAUCAGUUCUGAAUACUAAACACUGCAGCUUUUGUCAGUCAUAAAAGCUAGCACUAAGAGAAAGGCCUACUUUUCUUUGAGGAUGUUUCAUGUUUUUUUUAUAUUUACCUCUGUGGAAACUUGUAUCCUUAAAUAGAAGCAACAGUGACGUGUACAUGGUAGUGUUGUCUUAUUCUUUCGGCUGUUCCCCGUAGGAGUCUCCACAGCAUCAGCUCUAUCCCUAGUUUCUUCUUCUGUCACACCAACCCUGUGCACGUCCGCCUUCACUACAUCCAAAAAUGCUUGCUGUGCUCUUCCUCUUUUCCUCCUGCCUGGCAGAUCUAUCUUCAACAUCCUUUGCCUACUAUUUCAACUAUGUCUUCCCUGCACAUGUCUAAACCAUCUAAAAAAAACAACUCAUUUCUAAUCUCAUCCUUAAACUCUGCCACCUUUUCAUCAGUGCCACCGUCUCCAAACCAUACAUCAUAUCAGGGCUCACUACCAUCUAAACCUAUCAUUGUGUAAGCCUGCACUCUUUUCUUCACCUCUCUCUUGCAAUGUCUGUUGUGGGUGGUUAACUCCAGGUAUUUAAACCCAUCCACCUUUACUAACUACACCUCUUGCUCAUUCACACACAUGUGUUCUGUCUUGCUUAUACUGACUUUCAUUCCUCUUGUUUCCUGCAUGCACAGGUAUAUCCAGCUUCAUUCUCUCCAUCACAUCAGCCAGCCCUCUACCUACAUUUAGUCCCUGAAUUUAAUGUCUCUACUCUCACCCUGACACUCUUCCCUUUCCGUCUCUCCUUUCUUUGUCUUCCUCCAGCAGUCGCAUAGUUUCCAUUGGGAAUGAAUCUCAUUCUUGAUCAAAGAUUUUACGCCUUACGCCCUUCCUGAUGCAACCCUUCUUAUUUUUUCAGCAUUGUGACCAGUACUACGAGUGCCCUGGCUUGUGACCCGCCCUUUUCUGUGGCUGGGUUACUUGUAAAGGGCAGUAUUUUUAUUUCAUGUUAGGCUGCUAAAGGUAAAGUACACAACCAAGAUUGAGCACAUUAACAGAUGUGAUCUGAAUCCUAAAGAGUUAGCCUUCAUAAUACUUUCUGAGGAUGUGAGCAUAUGGAAUAACUGUGAUUCAGUGUAAGAUGAUUACGUGUGUGUGUCUGUGGGUGGGCGUGUAAGUGUGUGUGUGUGCUCUCAUGGAUAACUAAAACACAUAGUAUGAGGUAGGAAUUUAGGUCGAGGUCACACAGUGCCAUCUGUUCAAUGGUUUCAUUUAAUCUGAAGGUUUUCUACUCAAGUGGGCACUGCAGGUGACACGAUGACAAUUAAAUUUACUGACUGAAAUGAGUAUUUUUGCCACACACAGAUGAGGUAAGCCUUUGUAAGUGACACAGGGGGGGGAAAGGAGGUUAUAUGCAUGCUCUUCAAGCUGAAACUGUUGGGUCCAGCGAGCUUUGCUGCUUGGCCUGAAUGACUGAGUGUUGCUGAAAAUAGAAGACAGGGAGCAGGGAGAGAGUAGCAGGGAUGAGGAAAAGAAAAAUGAGCUAGUGCAAGAGGAGGAGAAAUGGAUAGAGGGUACAUGUUAGCUGAGAGGACAUGGAGCAUUUAAAGAAACGUUGAGAGAGUAGUUUGGUGAGAUGGUUUUGUCACGGUCUUUGGUCACGUGAUCUGUUAAAUCAUUGAUUAGACUGAACUCGCUAACCCAGUCUCUGUGUGCAGCUAUUGACUUUUUACAGUAAUUUUUAUUGCGGUGAAUGAGCGAAGCCUUCGACAGGGUUACAUUUUUCUGGGAAAGAAUGUGCAGGCCUUAGAAGAUGACUAUGUACAUAAGCAUAUGCAUGCAAAAAAGACAGUGCGUGUAAUGGUCUUUGUGAUCAGUACAUGCACGGGCACUGGCUGCACGAUCUUUGCAACCUUAAAUGACCUGAUAGGAAAAAAGCAGGAGAAACUUGAUUUCUCUUCCUGUUCUUCCUCCUCCUCCUCUGCCCCUGGAAGACAGCAGCCUUUCCCAAACCAUCCCUGUACAUUUUUUUUUUGUAGCCACUGCAAGAUCUGAUUGCUCCCCUGGUGGAGACGCCCAUGCUCUGCUGUGUAUUUGUUCAGAAAUUCAGAUACAGGGUCUGCCCAUAAAAUAUCAGUUGUGCUGCUUUGAUUGGCUGUUUGAGAGCUGGAAUGUGUUGGGUUUGGUGUUUUGAUUGCCUGCUGCUGUGAGAGACGGUGAUCCUGUGGUGCUCGUUCUCUCUGCCCAAAGCAGAGGUUGACCUCACGGACCAGCUUAGCAUCCACAUAUCACAGCCUUCGACAUCACAGGGAUGAAACCCAAAACUGACGGACUGUGGAUCCAACUCCCGGGAUGCAGUUUUCAGAGAAGUGCAGUCAGAGUCCAGUUUUUCACUCUCAUUGUACUGAUAUAUACAAACAACACAGAAGAACCUCAUAAGUGCGUUAUUAUGUGGGUUUUUUGUAAACACAGUAUGUAAUUAUUUCAUGUUUCUUGGUUAAUUAUUAUUAUUAGUAUUCUUCUUUAUUAAUUGUUUUGUAAAAAUAAUAAUUCAUUAGUUACCCAGUUUCAGCUAUGCAUUAAUAGAUGUACAUAAGUGUUCAAACACAGUGGGCCACUCUAAAACUAGAAGGUAAAGGUUUUAAAUUUAAUUUAUUAGUUCCCCAAGCCAUGACAGAGCCUCCACCGUGUUUUACACAUGCGUGUAGACACUCACUGUUGUACCUCCCUCCUGAUCGUGAUAGUAUUAUACAUAUAUAAUCUCAGUUAUUUUAGAUAAAAGGUUCAAAUUUGGAUUCAUCACUUCAUGAAGACCUGUUGCCACUGAUUUUUAGUCCAGUUCUUCUGUAACUUUGCAUACGUCACCUUUUACUCCCUGUUUCCCUUCCUUAAGAAUGACCUCAGUGAACAUCCAGAUACAUCUCUCAGGUCCCGUGGCAGCUCUUUGGUGGAUUUCUUAAGGACAUUUUCAGACACUGUUCAUCUGCUGGAGAUUAUUUUAGCCCACCACAUCUUUUGUCUUCUCUUGUCCAGUUUAUUCAUAAUUUUUAAGGACACGCUGCACACUGUGAAUGCCUUCAAUAGCAACAAAGUGUAAGACUCAUUAAAUUUUUCUUUUCCAAAAUAUAUUCCCUCGUUUAGUGUCGUCUAUUUACAUAUUCAACCAGUGAGCUCUAAUGACAGCAAAGGUUUGGUUUUACCUGCAGCACUCUGUAAAGUGACCCACGGCACACGCUUUCUGCUUUUCCGCGUAACCCAGCUUCUCUUUAGUUUGUCAGCUUUGCUGCAACAUGUACACUAGACUUUUUUGUUUUGUGUGAAUGGAAAGAGUUAAUGUUUAUGUUUUUGUGAACCAAAGAGUGCUGCGGAAUCUGGCUUUGCUUUACUCCAGAUGCCUGCAGCUGGAAAUAAGAACCUUGUUUGUGCUUUUCAUGGCUCCCCUUAAGACAUGUGUUACUUGUUUUAAAAGCACAUACAUGCUUAUCUUCUGCACAGCCUUAUUCUUUUUGCAUGCUGUCAUCAUUAUCAUCAUAUAUUUUAUUUAAUUCACAAUUCCUUGGAUGACACACAGGUGCACUGCCUCCGCAUAGCCUCCCAGCAUUCUCAGCAUCAUUAGUACACACCUACAUUUCUAUGGGGGCUGCCUGGCAUCCUCCCCCCUUUUCCUCUUUCAUUUUUCUGUUUCUGUUUUGAGUAUGUGUAAAUGUAAAAGACAGAUCGGCAUUUGUCUUAUCCUCUUUUUGCAAAAUUAUUACUUGCUUGUUUGAUUAAAGUAAUGAAAACAGGAAUUAUAAAGCAAAUGAUUUAAUGUUAUCUUUGCAUUCUCUCAUCUUUAAGUAGUUCUGCCCCUCUUCUUUUUUUCCUCCCAUGCACACGUUCCCUUCUUUUAUCCUUCCAGCUGUUCGACUACAGGUUCAUACUCCAGUCUCAGAAGUGAAAGAAUAUGAAUCAAUGGGACACUCUGCAGCUAAACUGUCAACUUACUCUGUGUCAUGCAGGGCAAAGCAGGGAAAGUUAGACCAGCCUCCAUCACCUUCACCUUCACCGUCUUUGAUGUGGAGCAAUUUCAGCUGCACAAGUCACAUUCUGGGUGGAAUUAUGUCGCCAAAUAUUUGCUCAGUGCUUCGACUAAGAUGGUGAGCCGUGCCAGUAAAGCAGCAUUUGGCAGCCAGAUAACCUCAGGAUUCUGCUGACCGCUCAGGGUGUCUAGCGUGUUUCGACAAGAUGAACUAUUGAAUCAGGUCUCUGCUCACUGGAUCCCUGCUGACCUGCAAUUUAACACCACAAACAGGACAUCCGAUGGUAUCAGGCAGACGGCAACCGAGGAGCGUCCUGGUCGGUCUGAUCGCUCGGUCUGGCAUUCCUGGAAUGACAUGGGAAUCUCUGAAAUUCCCACCUCUUAACCUGUCAGAGGGGUGAAUGUGGCUCUGAAAGAGAGGCAGCUCACAUGCUCGAGCACUUUCACUUUAGGCUGCUGGCAGCAGCAGUACGCGACUUUAUCUCAGUUAGUCAAGAAAAAGUCAGUUACUCAAUCACCAGUUAGUGCUGUUACAGGUAAAGUUAGAAACUCCCUGAAGCACAAAACACAUCUGUGAGAGCUUUAUUGCAAUUUUUCUUUGUCCUGUACAAAACUGGCAGCUUGUAUGGUGUUAAGAUCACAGACAGACAUUUUUAAAGCAGCCACAUCAUGAUCCAGCAUUUUAAAUUUGAGAAUUUGCUGAUGCUUUCUAUUUCCUGACGCUGGUAAUUGCAAACGUGUUGGAAACAUCACCUCGAGUUUUAAAGAUUGUCUUAGCUAGUUGUCAUAAUUUCUGACAGAAUUUAAAAGAAACAGAAACGGAGGACAAAAAAUUAAGUUCCUGAGUACCAAAGCCCUCUCAGCUGCUCUCUGAGGUCAGACCUGUGACCAAAGCGCAGAUUCAGUUCCAAAAUAUCAAGGGGCACGCUGUAGCCAGCAACAGAAAGACAUAUUUUAUUUUUCAAUUUUUACAAUACCACAAUUCUAAACACAAACAGACUUUAAUUAUGCAUAUUCUCUACCUCGUUAACUUCCACUCACAAGUUAAUGGUUAACACGAAGGAAAAUCUGCUCUUUACCUGGAGAUAAUCUGUGGUUGCUGCUUGCUGAUAUUUGCAGAUGUCUUUCCACUGAGUUUGAGAUUCUUGCUGAAUUGAUCAAGCAAUUUCAAUAAUUAUUCAUGCAAUUUAAGAUUCCCAAAACAUAGACAGGAUUGGUCGACACACAGCUCCAAAUCACAUCCUGCGCGUUCAGUUAAAUCAUUUUAAACUCUUAGAUUCAGCACAGCAUGCCGGUGUGUUUUUAUUUUAGGCUCGUCUGUCCUGGCUGUGUUACCAGUAGCCUACUGGGAUUGAAAGAGAUCCUUGUUUGGGUGAGUGGGUGGGUUUGUGGCGUGGAGAACGCGUAGACUAGGUUUGGUUCUUGUGUGUGUGUGUGUUUGUGUGUGUUUGAGAGAGAGCGAGUCCAACCCUUGUGGCGGGGGGGCGCCUCUCACAUCUGGCUCGCCUUGUCAGAGUUCUCGCCUCACAUGCAGAAGUUAUGUUGUAACAUUUCUGCAUCUCCGCCCUACAGACGUGGACGAGUAGGGCAGAAAUGCAGAAUUUGUUAAAUCAGUACAUCAUUUUUUAGAGGGGGUCAGGAUCCUGCCGGUAGGACCUCAUCCGCCUGCACUGGUACAGGAAGGUGACGCAGCGCUAGAGGAGCUGUAUACCAGGUGUAGCAGUGACGACUAUUGCGGCAGCCAGACGCAGAAGCCGGGGCGCACUGCCUCAUCCCGGGCUGUUCGCAUAGCGGAAUAAAGGAGCUGAGGAAUAAGCGUGUGGUUGACAAGAGCAGUGGUUUCGUUUUUUUAAUAGUCGGGGGAAUAUGAGUCCGGCUGCACAGCAAUGACAACCCAGCGAAAGUCUGCCAAGCUACAGCUGCGGCGGUCGAUCAGCGAGCAGCUGCGGGACUCAACGUCCAAGGCUUGGGAUCUGCUGUGGAGAAAUGUCCGGGAGAGACGGUUAGCAGAGAUUGAGGCUAAGGAGGCUUGCGACUGGCUUCGAGCAGCGGGAUUUCCACAGUACGCUCAGCUGUAUGAAGAUUCCCAGUUUCCGCUUGACAUUUCGUCUGUUAAAAGGGACCACGACUUUUUGGACCGGGAUCUGGUGGAGCCUCUUUGUCGGCGUCUGAAUACUCUGAACAAGUGCGCCUCCAUGAAACUGGACGUCAGUCAACCCAAGAAGAAAGGUGAUGACUCCGAUGAAGAUGAUCCAUUGGCUAUCAGUAAAAGGUGGACGUUCGAGUGGAGCAGCCGACGCUGGUCUCGCCUACAAGACUUCCUGUCUGACAGCACCAAUGAAAGCAGCCCGACAGGUCAGGGGGAGGGUCUGCACAGCACAGUGAGCAGCGAGAGCGUGCUGACAGACCUGAGUGAGCAGGAGAUCACGGAAAUCUCCUCGCUACACAGUGAGGACUCCGCCUCUGCCAUGCCCGACUCCAUAUCGAUGGCCUCCCUCUCUGCUUCCUAUCAACCGCCACGGGAGCUCCCACACUAUAACUCCCUGCCGAUCAAAAGCAGCCGCCACGGGCAAGGGAGGCGGAAUAAAGCCAAAGAGUUUUUGCGGCGAAUGGAAAUAAUGCGUACUUGGGGGCCAUCGACGAGGCGCAAGGGCUCAAACCGCAGGCCACCGCUGGUCAUCAGCGGGCCGGUGUUACAGGGGGAGGAACCUCAGGCACUGCAGAUGCUCCAGUGUACGCCUAUCAGCCAAUUAGAGCAGAGCCCUAAACACAACCACCAAACUGAUGGUGACAUUUCCCCUGACUCUCUUAGCAAGGAUUGUAAAGACCAGGUCACAGUGAGUGUGAGCCCCAGCAACGAGACUGUGGAGCUCCCUGUGAAGGAGCCUGUGUGCAUAAAGCCCCGCACUGCCAGCAAGAGAAGCAGCAUGUAUCUGGAGGAUAUGGUGUUGCCUUCUCAGGGUAAAAGGACCGAAGGUCAGAGCCAGUUUGGCAGAAACCAGUUUCACUCAUAUGAAAACCUCCUCAUUCACAUCCCCAAAGACCAUAAACCAGGCACCUUUCCAAAAGCCCUCUCCAUAGAAAGCCUGGCGCCUUCCCCUGGUGACAGAAACAACGACCCUCACGUGCAUGCCCGAACUUCUCCCCGUGACAAUGGCCUGGGUGAACCCUGGUCUGGUAAACCUUUGUCUAAACCCUGUCCUGGAGCUCCACGGGGCAGCAGAGUGAGUGUUUAUGACAAUGUGCCAGGCUCCCAUUUGUAUGCCAGCACAGGAGACCUGUUGGACUUGGAGAAAGAGGACAAUCUGUUCCCUCACCUGGAUGACAUUAUCCAGCAUGUCAGUGGUCUGCAGCAAAUUGUGAACCACUGGAGCCGUAGCGUGCUGCCCGAAGGGGAGACGGGGGAGGGGGAGGAGGAAGGGGAGGGCCGGACCACUCCCAGCGAAGGUGAGAGAGACGGGGUCUCCUUAAAUGACACAGAUUCAACAGGGACCAGCCGGGAGAGGAGAGACUCUGGAGUUGGGGCCUCCCUCACAAGACCACGUCUACGAUGGCCCAGUUUCAGAACUUCAGAUCAUCUCAACCAGCCGGCAUCUUCUCUGCAGAUCAGCAGCCAAUCAGCGGGCCAGCUCAGCCUGCUGCAAAAGUUUUCCCUGCUCCGCCUCACCGCCAUCAUGGAGAAAUACUCGAUGUCCAACAAACACGGCUGGACGUGGUCUGUGCCAAAGUUUAUGAAGCGCAUGAAGGUGCCAGACUACAAAGAGAAGAGUGUGUUCGGGGUUCCCCUCAUUGUCCAUGUCCAGCGCUGUGGUUUUCCACUCCCCCUGUGUUUACAGCAAGCCCUCAGCCACCUCAGAACACAUUGUCUGGACCAGGUUGGAUUGUUCAGGAAGUCCGGCGUGAAGUCUCGUAUUCAGGCGUUGAGGCAGCAGUGCGAGUUGUCUCCUGACUGCGUGAACUAUGAAGACCAAUCAGCUUACGAUGUUGCCGACAUGGUCAAACAGUUCUUCAGAGACCUGCCUGAACCUCUCCUCACAAGCAAGCUAGGAGAAACCUUCCUGCAUAUUUACCAGUAUGUCCCAAAGGAGCAGAGACUGCAGGCCGUCCGAGCGGCCAUCUUGUUAAUGCCAGACGAAAACAGGGAGGUUCUGCAGACGCUGCUCUACUUCCUGCGUGACGUUACAUCAAUGGUGGAGGAGAACCAGAUGACACCCAUGAACCUGGCUGUUUGUCUGGGGCCGUCGCUCUUCCACCUCAGCAUACUGAAGAGCGAAGCCUUAUCACCAAGGUCAAUUCAGAGGAAGUACACUACAGGCCAACCCGAUCAGAAAGACCUCAGCGAGAACCUGGCUGCCACUCAGGGCCUGGCACACAUGAUCACCGAGUGCCAACGUCUGUUUCAGAUCCCAGAGGAAAUGGUGACCCAGUCCCACAACUCCUACAUGGAAGCUGAGCUGAUGGUGCCCCCGCUGGACGAGCUUUGCAAAGCUCACGAGGAGGAAGUGGAUGUGGACGAGGAAGAAGAAGAUGAGGAAGGAUCCUAUCAUGCACACCUAGAAAGGCUGAUCCAGAACCUGCUGAAAGAGGCCAAAGAUAAGAGCAAAGGCUGGGUGUCUCGCUCAACUACUGACCAUACAGAACUGUCAUUUAAAAAGGUAGGAGACGGUAACCCUCUGAGGAGGUGGAGAGUGUGUGUCGAGGUGUCGGCAGCUCCCGCUGAGGUGCUGCAUCGGCUGCUGAGAGAACGCCCGCUGUGGGAGACUGAAUUACAGCAGGAGAAGAUUCUGGAGACGCUGGACAAACAGACGGACGUGUACCUGUACUCCUGCAGCAACAUGCCACCUCAACCCACCUGUGAAUAUGUGGUACUAAGAUCAUGGCGUACAGACCUCUGUAAAGGCUCCUCUGCGCUUGUUAGUGUGUCUGUCGAUCAUGAAGACAGCCCACCGAUAGGAUCAGUGAGGGGGGUUGUGCUGGAGUCACAGUACCUCUUAGAGCCCUGUGGGACGGGGAGGACCAGACUCACCCAUAUCUGCAGAGUGGACCUCAGGGGAAGAUCUCCAGAAUGGUACAACAAGGCAUUUGGUCACCUAUGUGUUAACGAAGCCCAGAGGAUCCGCUCUUCUUUUCUCCCCGUUGACCAGACAAGCCCCGAGGCCAAGCUCUGAACCCCAGAAAUUAAGCUUUGUCUUGGGUCACACUGCCAAAGCAGCUGAGCCUGAGAACCAGUGACCCAGGAGGAUAAUCACCCAGGCAGUGGACUUCAGCCUUUUCACGGUGCUGAGGCAUAGGAAGCUUUACUGUACCACACACAGACACACACACUGAAGGAAAGAGUAUUUGUGUCAUUUUAUCAGGUGUCUUAAACAACAUAUCACUACUUAUUUUUAUCAUAAAUCAUUAUUUUCCAAGCCUUUAAAAAACACAGAUUCAGUGUUUGUUUCCAGUAAAGUAAUUUAGUGAUUUGACACCAGGUCUCAUGUAUCCAUGUAGAUUAUUGGAACUACAUUAUUAUAUUAUUGUAUUUCUCUGAUUUAAUCUUCCAAAUCUUCCAGUGACGUGGUAAGGAAGCCAGCACCAGCAGGUAUGAUCAUGACGAUGCUGCUGCAGUGGUUGGGUUAGUGUUUAACCUUCACCUGAUCACUUUCAUGGUUACUGUAACAGAGUACCUAACAGAAAUGUACACCGAAGUUAAAUAUAAGUUAUAUUAGAACAUAUAAUAUAAAUUAUAUGAAUAUAAAUACAACAGAUAUUAAUUAUCUUAACUAAUUUUACAUGACCUGCCUGACAAAUAUACAUGACAAAUUUGAUCAAAGCAUUUCACAAUGUUUUCUAUUAAUAGAAAAUAGAUAAUAUUACUUCUAUUCUGAUUCCAUUGUAGAGUAUUUAUAUAAAAAAAAACAAUCACACAGCAUUGAUAGUAUGUGAUGAUCUUCAAAUCUAAACUAAUAAUACACUCGUGCAAACCUCCAUGACAUGCAGGUUUGCUCCUUUAUUAAUUAAUACACAUGUAGUUAUUAAAUGAAAAACUACACAUACUGUAAAAAUGCAAAGAAAACAUCUGUGCUCUAAAAAUACCAAGACCAGCACAUAGUUUCGUGUCAGCACUGUGUUGUGAAAGCUGCACUAGUUUCAGGUGAAAUGACUUUCACAAGGAUCUGAAUCACAUAAAGGGAAAACACUCAUCGGGUCCGUGAACGUGCUCAGCAUACAUUUUGUGGAGAUUACUGUUUAUUUUGUUCUCUAUUGUCACUAUUUACAGUGUUAUCUAAAUGAAAUGCCAUUUUAAAGUUAUUGUUGUCAUUACCUUUCUGUAUAUUGUGUCACUGUUGCUUGUUUUGGGGUUUUUUUUGCUCUCAUAUUAUACAAUGUCUAAGACAUGUGACCAUUGCUCUGCUUCUGGGAAGCAUGUUUGAAAUGUUUGCGAGUGUGCACGGUGAUGCCUGUGUAUCUGCAUUCUGAAUAUAUGUACAGGCUGUACUGUAAAUAUCUGCAAUGCUUUCUGUGCCAGCAGAUCAAACACCAUAGUUUUUCAGGGUCUUCCUAUCAUAUUGAUAUAUGCUGAAAUGUGAACCUUCCAUAUAUUAUCCUACUAAAGCAAUAGCAGACUAAAGCUUUGUGGCUCUUAUUGUUUCAGCUGUAGGCGGCGCUGCUACGGUGUUACUAUGAUAGGCUAUAAUAUUUUUACAGUGCUGGCAUAAUCCCGCGCGGAUGCCUUUCGCUGGGGAACAGUGUGACGCGUGUGUGUCUAGAUGUGUGUAUGUGAGCGAUAAUAAGACAGACAAUGAGUGAGAGUCUUUGACGUGAACCCUCAGCCGUGUGUGAUGAGGCUUCAAACCUAGCUGGGUAGGCCUGGUUGAUUUAUGCUUGACUAUUUCUGAUAAAGUGACAGAAAACAGAACCGUGGUUACUGAACGUGAGAAUAAAAAUAUCAAAUGUCAACAAAAA